UAACAAUCCUGAUGGCUUUUCCAAAGCUUCUCCUAUCUCUUAUGUUCCCCUGUGCUCUGGAACCCUGAACUUCCUUAGACACCUGCUGCAUCUCUCUUAGACUUUGAGCUGGUACAAGCUCAUUUCACACAGCAGGUGCUGUGAGCAAAGCAGACUGAGAAACUGAAAAUACAACUCUGCAAAGAGCAAGUGUUGCUGCAGUCAGCACUAACUGUGAGCAGGAAAGUGAGUGGGCAGGUCAGUUAUCCCAGCCUGAUGGUCUCGACCUGUAUAACUCCUCAGUGGGCUGCCUUCAAUGUUUGCUCAGCAGUGUUUGUUCCCUGAGUUCUUCUGUCCACUGGAUUCCUGUGCAAACCCUUUGUCCCACGGGUGCUGCGCCUUGUGCUCAAUCAGGGUGGAAGAUCCCUCUUCAAAGGAAAGUCUCAGGUCUGGGUCCUACCCAAAUCCUACUUGCAUGCUCUUACUAAUGGCUUUCUUCUACUUAAGCAGAGCUUGAGGACUGGAACAAAACACAGACUGAGCUGGAAAGGGCUUGAGAUAGCUGAAGACAUCACUUUAUGUCCAUUGCUCUUUCUGUGCCCUGCUGAGAGGUCAUGAGUGAAACAUCUGCUUGCCUCUGGACCUCCAGUCAAAGGUCAUAAGCAGCCCUAGGUCCCGUAUCAAAAGGAAAUAUUAGAGCCCAUUCUUUUUUUAAAGUUGACAACUGAUUUGGGAAUGAUUUCACAUAACAGGAUUGACCAGAUUGCAAAAUCCAGGAAAGGGACACAGCACACAGCUCUGAGUAAACUGGUGGGUUUGGAGAUACCAGAAUUCCUCCUGGCAAGCAGACACAGCUGGCUUAGGCAACAGCUGUCAUGUAGCAAGGACGGUGGACAGAGAGGCUCUGAGCUAUUGUGUAGUGCUCAGGCUUCUUCUGCCUUCAAGGAAAAGCCAGUCCUGAGCCUUAAGGGAAGAAAAGAAGGAUGGUGAGUAAGCCCUGUGACUAGAGAAGUCUACAGUAGCUAUUCCCAGGAGGGCAGUGAUGCUGGUUUUCUUCCAGAGUGGGAGAUGUAAGUAGGUGUCAGAUGUGCAGCAGGAUGGAGGCUGCCCUAAGGAAUAAAAGUAGACAAGCUGCCCUUUGUUAUGGCCUCCUACAGUAUGGGAGGAAAACACAUUGCAGCAGGCUCAGUGUCCAACAGGAAGCAACUUUCUGCAUCCCUUCUUCCCUGGAGCCUUGGCCAAUAUGCCAAAAUAUCACAGAGGUUGAUUUGAUCCCCUGUUGGCUCAGUAGGUUGGGCUGGGUGAGCCUGUAGGUCUCUCCAGCCCCUGUUUUCUGUGUUUCCAGGUGAGCAGCACAAGCAGAGUGUCACUUUUAGGAUCAUGCCUUUGUGCCCUGCACUGGCAUGGUGAGAACAAGCUUCCCAUGUACUGCUCCCUGGCAGCAGUGACUCACCUGGCAGGAUUGUCUUCCAUAGCCUGAUUCCCAGACCACACUGGCCUGUCAAGAGCAGUCUCCAUGGAGUGGUUUGAACAAAAGGAAACAGCACAUGAAACCCAUAACCCUCUGUUUUAGGUUACAAUAUGAGAUGUGCCCAAAAUUAUGUAUUCUAUCAACAUCUUUGUGAGCAGUUAAAACUACAUGGGGUAGUGUUCCUUGUCUCUCUCAUUACUCAUCCUUGAUAACUCCAGGGGAUAUCUUUUGUUAAUGGGCCACUGAGUGGCACUGCAUGACUGAUAAAAUUACAUCAUUCCAUUGUGAGAUGCUCCACCCAGGGGGAGGAACCAAGCAUUCCUACCCGCAUAUACUCUGACACUUGUAGCAGUCACAGUCAGCCUUAUCCACUGAAUUCCCUGAGGACCAGAGUUCUAUAACCAUCACUGGACUUUCAGAGGAAGAACAAACCCUUCUACAGGAUCACUGCUUCAACAGAACCACACCUAUCACUUCAAGAGUACUUCAGCCAGCAGUUAAUUUGACUGCUACCAACACCCAGACUAACUGGAUGCCAGCUGCCCCAGAGCCUGCAGAGCACGCAGCGGGUGACACGCGGUGAGUUCGGAGCACGGGCAUGGCGGGUGACCGCGGGACAAUGCGGCUUCUUCCCGUUGUCCUCCUCUUCCUUCAGAUGAGGCAGACAGAUGGGAACCAGUGCAGUUCAAAUCCUUGUCACUAUGGUGGCCACUGUAAAGAUGGACUUGGUUCCUACACUUGCACGUGCUUGGAUGGUUAUCAAGGCAAGAACUGUGAAUUUGUCAUACCAAAGUUCUGCAGAAUAAACAAUGGGGACUGUGAGCAGUUCUGCAGCGUCCGAAGAGAUGGGCGGAAGGAUGUGCUGUGUUCCUGUGCAGAUGGGUACCUUCUAGCAGAGGAUGGCAAGCACUGUGUUGCAACAGUAAAAUACCCUUGUGGAAAAGUUUCUGUGGUAAGGAAAAAAAGGUCUGCUCUUUCACCCACUGAUCAUAGCAGUAGAAUGAGUGAUCAAGAAGACCCUGCAGCAAAUGAAAUGAGCACAGAGGAGUACUUUGCAAUUACCACAGAAAGCCCAACGCCUGCACCUGACAACAGAACCAGCAGCAAGACUCCGUAUGUCGACACCAGGAUAGUUGGUGGGGAUGAGUGUCUUCCUGGCCAGUGCCCAUGGCAGGCUGUUCUGUUAAACGAGGAAGGAGAAGAGUUUUGUGGUGGAACUAUUCUGAAUGAAAAUUUCAUACUUACUGCAGCUCAUUGCAUAAACCAAUCCAAAGAAAUCAAAGUUGUUGUUGGUGAAGUGGACAGAGAGAAGAAAGAGGCGUCUGAAUCAAUGCACACUGUGGACAAAAUAUUUGUUCACUCCAAAUUUAUUGUUGAGACAUACGAUAAUGACAUUGCUUUAUUAAAGCUGAAGGAACCAAUCAGGUUUUCAGAGUACGUCAUCGCAGCAUGUCUCCCCAAAGCUGACUUUGCUAAUGAAGUUCUGAUGAAGCAGAAAUCUGGGAGGGUUAGCGGCUUUGGGCGGGAAUAUGAUGGUGGACAGCUCCCAAAGAAACUGAAGGUCCUUGAACUCCCCUAUGUUAAUAGGAGCACUUGCAAACAGUCCACUUACUUUGCACUAACUGAGAACAUGUUCUGUGCUGGUUAUGACACUGAGGAAAAAGAUGCUUGCCAAGGAGAUAGUGGUGGCCCCCAUGUGACCAGAUAUAAGGAUACUUAUUUUGUUACUGGAAUUGUUAGCUGGGGCGAAGGAUGUGCAAGGAAAGGCAAAUAUGGUGUCUAUACCAAACUGUCCCGGUUCUUGCGCUGGGUGACAAAAAUCAUGAGUAUGUAGUGGUGUGCUGUGUCCCUAGAUCCUCCUUGUUAGCUGCCAAGGUGCAGGAUUUGAAAUGGAAACUUUCUUUUCCUGCAUAUGUGCUAAGUUGGUUUUGAGAUCUGACUCCUUAAAAUUAUGAUCUGCUUCCACUGGUAUUAUUCCUGGCUUUAAAGCACCCCUCUGUGGACUGUGAAGGUCUUUGGAAUUGGUUGAAUGAGGGAAUUUCCUCAAGCAAAAAGGCUGCUGAGUGGGGUCUUUGGCUUCUUUUAAUUAUUGCUUAAUGGCCAUUUUAGUUGCUGUGUGUUGUCACGAGUGCUCCAACCAGAGGCUCCUAAACAUGUUCUGAACAGUCAUUAGUCAUGAUGAAAGCAGGAAGGAUGGGAGUCACUUGAUCUUCAUAUUGCAGCCAUCUGGCUCAGCAGGGAGUUUGUCCAUACUGGAGUUGUUUAGCUUCUACCUUCAGAUGUGUUCAGAAGAUUAAGGGAGCAGGAGAUCAUGAAUGUCUAAACAAAGAGGGGUUUUGCUUUAUAAGGGUUAUACUUUAUUUUAGUUUAAUUUGUACACUCUGCUCAUCAAAAAAAAUAUACGUGCACAUUCGCUGUUUUCUGUAUCUUGUUCUGGAUUGUGUAUGGCUGAGGAUUGGAAAACUCCGUGCAUGUGUAUUGUUCUAGAUGUUUCUGUUAGGUGCUAUAUUGAUGUGCACCAGCAUCUGAAAUAAAACAUUUUCUUUUUU